UGUUGCUGUUGAGCAUGCAAGUGCUGCUAUGGAGUGCGAUGCUUUUGCGAACAGCACACAGCUGCGCCUUCUUGGGCUACUACAAAGGUCCAGCCAGCACAGAUCAGGCGAUGGUUGUGACUCCUGGUGUGCCGUGCCCGGGGUACUCGCCGUGCCCCAAAGGGUCGUACUGCAAACACAACCAAGUGUUUCCCUGUCCCGCGGGGGUUUAUGGCAACGCCACUCAAUUGUCCACUGUGUCCUGCUCCGGGUUGUGCCCGGGGGGCUUCGUCUGUCCUGUUGGCACAAUUGAACCGAUUCCGUGUGGGAAUGCCAACGUGUACUGCCCCGUGGGGUCGCGAGCUACAAAGCAAGUGCCCUUGGGUUAUUACGGCAUUGGGGACACCUCCUACACAAGGCAAUCUAUUGCGCUGUGUGAGUUGGGCUCUUUUUGUGUACAAGGCAAUAUGGCCGUGUGUUUGGCUGGCAUAUUUGGAGCAUCAAUGGGGUUGAGUUCUGCGGCGUGUACCGAUGUGUGUCCUGCAGGACAUUACUGUCCGGAGGCAUCUAUAGUGCCCAAACCAUGCCCAGCGGGAACAUAUGGGGCCACGACCGAAUUAAGCACUUCUGCGUGCUCUGGGGUUUGUCCUGAAGGCUACUACUGUCCACCUGGGACCACAACUCCCGUUGCAUGUCCUUCCAACUACAUCUGUCCAAGGGGCUGCAGUGCCCCAACACGCAUUCCUUCAGGGCAGUACCUGUCAACCGUACUUUCGUCCGACGUAGAAUCAACUUUGGCUUCGAUCCUUGAGCUGUGUCCACCUGGGUCGUAUUGCGUCCAAGGGGAGGUUAUCGCUUGUCCGUUGGGAUCGUUCGGGGCGACAUCAGGACUGACCACGUCCGCUUGUUCUGGUCCGUGCCCAGGUGGCUAUUACUGUCCCGUCGGCACGGUCGCACCCAUUGCAUGCUUCGACGCGGCCACAUACUGCCCAGAGGCCUCCUCUGCGCCGCAACCAGUCGAGUUUGGGUUCUACUCUCUGCCGCCCACACGCCCAACGCAUCAGCUGCCGUGCGAGCCUGGGUCGUAUUGCGUGGGGGGAGUCAAGUCGGCAUGUCCUGCCGGGUCGUUUGGAAGUUCCGUGGGCUUGACAUCGUCGGCCUGCAGUGGAAAGUGUCCCGGUGGAUCAUAUUGUCCUGUUGGCAGUGCCGACCCCGUCGCCUGCGGCCACUCGAAAUUCGUGUGUCCCGACGGCGCAGCCGCCCCUCAAUCCAUUUCAAGAGGAUUCUGCGGCAUCGGAGAUACCAUUCUAACGCAGACUUCGUCGGCCAUCGCCCCACCUGGCUCGUACGCGCUAGAAGGGCAAUGCUACAUCUGCCCUGGAGGCUAUUAUGGCGCGUCGAGCGGCGAAUCGGCCUUGACGUGCUCGGGUUUGUGUUCACCAGGAUAUUACUGUCCUCCUGGAAGCACAUCCCCCACUCAAUUUGAGUGCGGCCUGAAUGCGUAUUGUCCUCAAGGGUCCUCUCAACCCAUCGUCGUCUCGCCAGGCUAUUACACGUACUCUGGGGCUACAGACCCUUGCCCCCCCGGUCAAUACCGCGCCACGGCUACUUCCAAUGCCAAUAUAUUGCUGGCAAGUUGGACAGCCAUUCAAGUGAAUUACGGAGACGAGUUGUUUCCAUAUGCCGUUUGCCUUCCUUGCCCGCUGGGCACGUUCAAGCUUGUCGAAGGCGACAGCAUUUCUCUCUGCCAGCUUUGUCCGCUCUACACCACCACGAGCUCGACGGAUCGAACGACUUGCACGUGUUUUCGAUUGUCAGGAGGAAUCCGCUGGAACACUGCGACCGACAAACUCGUGUUUGAUGGGGCCGUCUGCACUGCCGUUCCAGCUGCGACCCUCACACCCUCAUUGCUGCCACUCAACACAGCGUUCACCAAGGCAAGUCAAUUCCAGUGCUCACGUGGAUCGUACUGCGUUCGAGGCCAACGACUGCCUUGUCCUGGUGGGAGAUUUGGCACGCAAAUGGAAGAAACCAGCGCGUUGUGCUCGGGGGUAUGCCGUCGCGGCCACUAUUGUCCUGUGGGUAGCAUCUCAGCGACCGCGCAACCGUGUGGCGGGGCGCAUUUAUAUUGCCCCCAAGGCUCUCCAUACCCCCUUCCCAUCACAUUGGGGUAUUACUCGAUCGAUUCCGUCCUCGGGCUGGAUUCGGACCCCACUCGGCAUGACGCCCAAGUUUCAUGCGAACCGGGGUAUUAUUGCAUCCACGGCCAACGAUUCCCUUGCCCGGGGGGUCGCUAUGGGGCUGCCACCCGUGAAACCAAUCCUCUGUGCACCGGUGUAUGUCGACGAGGGUUCUACUGUCCUGCUAGCAGCACAUCUGCAACUCAAGAACCUUGUGGAGGCUCGAACGUCGUGUGCCGAACUGGCUCGGUAGCCCCCAUUGGUGUCUUUGCAGGGUAUUACUCUGGAAGCGACACGACUAGGGCGGACGCGGUGACCCGGGAAAGCAUGCGCUGGUUUCAGAAACCUUGUGAGCCAGGGUACUACUGCGUCAAUGGGGUGCGCAACCCGUGUCCGACUGGCACCUUCGGCAGCACCGGCCAGCUUGUGACGCCAUUUUGUUCUGGCAAGUGUUCCGCAGGUCACCUGACAUCUCCUAUGCAUGAAUCAUCCAAACUUCCCUCACUAAAAGUCGUCGGCAUUGAAGGGUACUACUGCACUCAGGCUAGCACCUCAGCAACCCAAAUCAUGUGUGGUGAUGUGAGUGUGUUCUGCCCCGUUGGCUCGAGUGCUCCACUGGCGGUCGAUGCUGGCUACUACAGCGUUGGCGCAACCAAUAGUACAAGAGUGGGGCAAGCGCUGUGCAACGUGGGACAGUUUUGUCGGGGUGGAAUUGCGUAUGACUGCCCCCAAGGCACGUACGGCGACAUUCCAGGAUUGACCGUCGGGCAAUGCACUGGUUGGUGUGCAGCUGGCUUCUAUUGCCCUCCACGAAGUGUGUCGGCGACAGCCAACAGAUGUGCCGAUGGAUACUAUUCCAUCCGAGGCCAAGGCUCAUGCAUGCAAUGCCCAUCGAGCCGAUCUACAUUUCGAUGCCAAGACAAACGAGAGUGCUGCGCGUAACGAACGUCCUUUCGGCUAAGAGAGGGGGUGCAGGCGAUAUUUCACCUAUAUCAGUAAAGUAAUACGUAUAAUUACCUUAACUAAAUAUACUUUGACGCAUGUUAUCCGAAAA